CAGAUCUAUUUCCUGGCCACAAUUGUUACAUGCGCAGAAGUAACCUAAAAAUAUCAACAAAAUGGCUGAGUCGAGAGACCAAACACUCAUUGAUUUUCAGGCUGUCACAGGAAUUGAUGAUUUUGACCUGUGCACCAACAUCUUGACUCAACAUGAUUGGAACUUGGAGAGAGCAGUCAACAGUAUCAUGGGCUUUGGUCCUCCAGAGGGUAGUGGAUUUGAAGCAGACGAAGUGGGACCUUCCCCUGGAGAGCACGAUUUUGAAGAUCCUUCAUCCCUUAGAUCUGAGCGCCUGGAAGGUUUUGGUGUCCAUGUACGUCCAUCAGACCAUGGAGCUUCCGACAUGGCCUCCGGACCCUCCUACAGCUCCUCCCCUCUGAAUUUCUCCAGCAGAAUGAUCAACUUCAAUGUAGAAUACAGAGACAAGAACACAUCAGUUGUCCUUCCCGACAAUGAGACUGUUGGACGUAUUAAAGAGGUUCUUGAAUCUGAGCUUGGAAUUCCACGAGAUAAACAAGAGCUGAAAGGCUUAGUCAAGCGUAAAGUAGAUGAUUCUACAAUACUUCGAGACUUGUUUCUUCCUCGGGACAAUUCUCUUUAUCUUCUUACUCCUGAAAUUACCAAUCCAACUGUGAACAAACCUCCACAACAAGAAGGAGAAGGAACAUCUCAAGGGCUCGAAGCAGAGAGGGAAUAUUUACUGAAGAUUUCGUUUAAGGAUGGUUCAAGAUACAGGCAUUUUUCUGUAAAAUUUGACUGCAAUAAGACUGUUCGAGAUGUAAAGCAAAGUCUGACAACGCUCACAGAUGUGCCCGUCAGGCACCAGCAGUGGACUGGAUGGACCCGACCUGUAUUAGAUCAGGACAAGUUGUUCGCUUGUGGCUUAAACUAUCCAACACAUGAUUUGGAAAUGACCAAAUCCGAGCCUUCUUCCUCCAGCACACCAAGAGCCCCAGACCUAGAGGAGAUGGAAGUUGAUAGUGAUGAUGAAGACUAUACAGGUUUAGAAAAUUAUUCUUUGGAAGAAGAUCUGUUCUCUCAGGAGGAGCCACGCCACUCAAGACGCAUAGAGCCACUCAUGUCUGAUGGUGUUGAGGAUGAUAAACUGGCUUUAGAACAGUUCACAACAGAAUUCACCAACAGAUAUGGAGAGAUCCACCCUCAGUUUUUCAUUGGCAGUCUGGACGAUGCAAUACAAGAAUCUUUGUCUGUGAGAGCUGCUGAUCGCAAGCUCUUGGCAGUCUACCUCCACCAUGAUAGCAGCAUCUUCUCCAAUGUGUUCUGCUCACAGCUGCUGUGUGCUGAGGGCAUCGUCCACUACCUCAGUGUGCACUUCCUCACUUGGGCCUGGGACCUCACCUCACCGGACAACACAGCCAGAUUCCUACAGGCAGCCACCCGCCAUUUUGGCAGUCUUGCAGCAUCCCAGAUGAGAAACUAUACACCAGACCAGUUGCCUUGUCUACUGUUGAUAUCCAGGGCCAAGGCCACCAAUGAGGUUAUAGCUGCUAUACAAGGUCAUGUGACUUUGGAUGAGAUGAUGACGCGGCUAAUCCAUGCAGUCGAAGUGUAUCAGGAACAGAAGGAGGCAGACAUCAAUGAGGAGAAAGAAAGAGAAGCAAGAGAAAGAAUCAAGCAAGAGCAGGAUGAGGCAUAUCAAGAAUCUUUGGCAGCUGAUAGGAAAAAGGCAGAGGCUCUGAAAGAAGAGGAGGUCAAGAGGCAAGAGGAGCGGGCACGUGAGAUGGAAAAACAAAAGAAAGUUGAAGAUCAGAAAAAAGAGGAUGAACUCAAAAAAGAGGCUAUCAGCAAGUCAGUGGCCAAGUCUGUUCCAGAUGAGCCUGUGGCGGGCAGUUCGGACAAAGUGAGCAAUUUGCGGUUCCGAGUGAUGGGCGGCGAGAUGAUCACACGCCGCUUCUACGCUCACAACUGUGUCGGGGACAUCCUCAACUUUUUAACCUCUAAGGGCUUUCACACGGAGGAUUACAAAGUCCUGACGACUUUUCCCCGCAGAGAUAUCUCUACGCUAGACAAGUCCCAGAGCUUAGAGAGCUGCAAGCUGUACCCUCAGGAGACGCUCAUACUGGAGGAACGGUAGCCGCUGUUCGACCGUCAGAUCUGGUCGUGCAGACGUGCUCGGCCAGUGACAGACUGAACGGUCUGAUGUGUACAAUGGUGCUGUCUUUCACAAAAGUCCCAACACCCCCCUUUAAACCCCCCUCUCUGGACUCUAAUCAUUAUUUGACAAAAGUAAGGAAUAGCCCCUCGAACAGAUGUGAUGCAGCUGUUGCCAUUCAAGGGAACAGUUGUGCUGUCAGAGUAUGUGAAAAAGUGUGAAUCUGAGUGCACCAAGUUUUUAAAAGGGGCUGUUCUUUUCUUUUGCUGAUUUUAAAAAAAUCUCUAUAGUGUACUUGUAAAGAAAUGAAGUGACCUGAUGCCGUAGGACAUCUCAGCUGUCCAGACUAACGGUUUGUGUGGAUUUGCCUUGCCCUUCUUUUGUUGGGACUCAGUCUCGAGGGAAACCUGCGAUUGUGUGUAGAUGUGUGCGGCCAACUGUUAGACAGUUAUUCUUUCUGUUUUGUAUGAGCUCUCAUUUUAGAAGAUGUUGGUAACGAAGUGUUUCAAAUGAGUGGACUAAAAUUGCUACAUGAUUUUGCCCAGGAAUAACUAAAAAACUUGUGAAAAAUUAUAUUAAUAAAACAUUUGAAGUCAGCCGUAUCUGUAGCUAUUUGUCACAAUCAUAACAUAAUUAUAGUGUAAGUCAUUUUCAAUUGUUUCAAGAAACAUUUUUUUAAAAUGCAGAGGUAAACUUGUCUUAAUUCAAGCUUUUGACUCUUGCGCAAAAGAGAAAAUGUCUCAAUAUUUUGAUAUUCAGAACCUGACACAAACCUCUGCUACCUUGAUUAUUUGGAGCAAGUUGCGAUAAUUUUUACUGAAUCCAACGACCCCUGGGGGUACAUUUUGGAAACCGUCUUGAGAAAUAAAAACAUCUUUUACCAUUGAAAUGAAAAAUGAGGUUGCCUUUCUGACAAGCUUAUUUGUUGUCUUAAAUCUAAAAAAAGAUGGAUAUGUUGGUCAUGGAAGCACAGGAUGGAUGGGUGAGUGGAUGAAAUGUAUGUUACCAUGUGUUUGCUGUUCUCAACUUUGUAAAAGUGCUAGUCAAAUGUUCACAAACUCUUGAGUAUUUGAAGACAAAAACAAGUGUGCUCUGUGGAGAGAAAAAUAUGUACAUGAAGGAAGAGUGGAAUUUUUUCCUUAUAGUUUUCUCAGGCACAAACAUCGUCAGUUGUUUUACAAUCAAAGUUGCACUUGUUUCAUGCUGCGGCUGGUUUUUUAGUUCUAGUGUGUGUUCAGUUGUUUUUAUUUACCGAGUGCCAGUCAGUGUUAAGAGUCGGUGAGCAUUUUUUAUGUAUAGAUGUCUUUGGAAGAUGGAAUGAUUUGUCUGUGGGAAGAGUACAAUAUCUCUACUGUUGCCAUUGCUGGUUAUGAGUGCGAGUUGCUGUUGUAUGUACCCGCACCUUACUUCUCAAGUAAACUUAUGUAUUUUUUGUUUGCAAGAUAUGAUGCAAGAAUGGGAAAUGUGCAAAGUGCUACAAAGAAAGAUUUUAAAAAAGCUGAGUGUAGACUGCUGGGUUAGGUCGACUUCCGGUUCUCUUAAGGCUUUCAGUUUUUACACUACCAGGGCACUGGUAAUCAAAAUUCAAUUCGCUUGAUGAAUUAUCCAUUGUGGCGUAAAUAAUUUGAGUUUCAUAUUUGUUUGUCUCAGUUGUUUGUCAUUUGUGACAGUCGUCAUAAAAGUCAUUGCAGCAAAUACUGAUGAAAUCCUCUUUCAAAUUGUAUUUUUUAAAAUAUAGCAAUCUAGUGUCUGAUUCUAUCAGUUGCAACUGCUGUCACAAUGCCAAAGAAUCAGAUAAUCCCUUGUUUACAUUCACAUUAAGGACUGUUUUUCUUUUUCUUUUUUUUUUCUCUUACGUUUCCCUCUUGAUUUUGGGAUGGUUUGACUAUAGGUUCUUCAACACACAGAAAGGCUAAUGAUAUACCACAGAGCCUGUUUUUAAUGCAAGAAGGAAAGAUCCCCAGCGAAAGGACAGGUGAUAUGUUUCAGUUGGCUUUCUAUGACACUUUCAGUGUGCAAGAUGCUGUGUGGAAAUCACUGCCAUACGUGCCAGUUGUAUGUGCUGCGCCCAAGAGUGUAUGUUAGGACAUAACUGCAUUGAUGUGGAUGUUAUAAUUUUAUGGCAGCACAAUCUCCCUGCUUCACACUCAUAACAUGAUGUGUCCACUUAUUUGGACAUGGUAUGUAAUCAUCUUUCUUUUUAUGUUGUAUGGCACGUGGAAACAUUGUUAUGAGUCAUGGUAGUGUGUGUGAGUGAGGGUAAGCAACAGGACAAAGUUUGUGCCUGUACAUCGCGUAUUAUACUACAAAUGUAUACCUGAAGACCACUCUGCGUUACUCAGAGUGAAACUGGUCACAAUUUGGUUGUAUUUGUGUGUGCAUGUAUGUAGUGAUAUCAUAUAUUAUUAUAAUGGGAUAUUUUGCCAGAAGUAGCGGACUGAGACUGAAUAAAAGAAUAUGUAGAACCGGCUAUGUGAGAAAAAUACUGUUGAGCGACAGAUGGUGAGCGAGAACAUGACUGCUGAGAAAUAAGCUGGGUCUGCUGGGACUUCUCUGUGACCUUUCCUUUGUUUGGGUGUUUGUUAAGUUUUAAACAAAUGAGAGAACAUUUUAAGGUGUAUGUUUUGCAUUUUGUAAUGGGUAAGCAAAAGUCUUCAGUUCAGUCAUCAAAAGAAAGCAUGUAGUUCAGUGCUGGUCCUUGAAUGAAAUUGAAAAUAUUUUUUUUAAAAUGUUGACCUGGCUUUGACUAAGUGUUCUGUUUGACUUUUCCUAAUUUCUUCAAAUUGUUGGCUGAUGCAAGUCAGUCCACAACCAUUGAGCUGCUUUUCUUUGUAAGUCAUCCUUAUUCUGUGGAAUGUUUGAUGUAUAAAGAGAACAUAGAUAUGCUCUUUAAUUUACUUUUUCUGUGUUCCAUCUGACCACUUGUAAGACUUGCAUGCUCAGCUGCAAAUAAAUGAAACUUUUGGA